UGGUCAUGCAUUUUGACAAAUUGUCUCGAGAAAACAGAGCAGCCCCUGUUUGUAAACAGAUGUCGAUAGUAAACAGAACACUGCCAUAUUUGCGAAGAAGAAGAUUGUGUACGAUAUUUGCAGAAAUAAAUUAGUGCUGCUGAAUAUUGAGAGGCUGACAUUGUAGAAACAUGAAAGGUAAAACGAAUCAACAAAGUGUGCCAGAGUCGGGUUUGGGUGAUGUUGAAAAUAGCGAACUGAUUGAACACGAAAACGAGAGUAGUGGCCUAGAAGACAACAGUGAAGAUGAAGGUUCUGGUAAUCGUUUCAUUGAUUACAAAAGAAAAUAUAAGGAUUUAAAGCGAAAAGUUAAAGUUCUUGUUUAUGAAAAUGUUUACUUUCAAAACAAUCUGCAGAGCAGUCAGCGGCGCCUGCUUAAAGUAACGCGAGACUGCUCAUUUCUUCUCGAUCGCUUGCUGGUUUACGAACGGCCAGAGCUUUCGUCAUCCGAUAACGACCUGACCGAUUCUUCGGAUGAUUCAUCUAAACUAGAACCAACUUCAAAACGGCGUAAAACCGAAUCAACCUCAACGCAAGGUGGUGCGCCAGUGAAAAUUCCUGGUGCUCAAAUUAGAAGAAGCAAAAAAGGAGCUAAGAAACAACAGGCGCCACUUCCCCAAGAAAGGCAACAUCCUAACGCUUCCUAUCGCUCACAUCUGCCAGGAAGUUCGUUAAUAAAACCGACAAAUCUGCAGAUAUCGUCUGCUGCUAGCACAGGUCAGCUCAGAUCCGCACAGUGCUACACCACGUCGCAAGAAAGUUCUCUUACGAAAGAAGAAAUAGAGAGACACCUGGAGUCGCGUCAAAAACUGCCCGAGGUAGUUCCAGAGGGUGAACUACCAACAGACAUGUUCAACAAUAGUCCCGCGAGCGAUUCCAACGACCAUAUGGAUGAUACAUCGCCUAGCAAUCUUGCGGAAGAUUGCCUCUCCGUGUACAGCCAAUAAAUAAAAUGUUUCGAGGCGACAUCUAAAAAUUCUAUUUUUAUUUU